AUGGCAACUCCAACAGAUAUUCCAAUUAUAAAAUCCAAAAUAAUUAAAGAUGAAACGUAUCAUGAAAAUUAUAAAGAAAUGCUUUCAAUGAUUUCUACAUUAAAUGAUCGAUUGGCUCAAGCAACAAAACAAGGCAGCAAAAAAGCAAUAGUACAACAUUUAAAAAGGGGACAAUUAUUAAUUCGUGAUAGAAUUGAUCUUUUAUUAGAUGAAGAUUCGCCUUUCUUGGAAUUAUGUCCAUUUGCAGGAUGGGGUCAAGAUGAAAUGACACUAGGUGGAUCAAUAGUAGCAGGUAUCGGAUUAGUAAAUGGAGUGGAAUGUAUGAUAUCAGGAAAUGUACCAACAUUAUUUGGAGGAUCCUCAAAUGAGAUUAGCGUUGCAAAAGGGGAAAGGAUAGCAGCAAUUUCAAUAGAAAAUAAUUUGCCAUUUAUACAAUUAAUUCAAACAGGAGGAGCAAAAUUAGAUCAACAAUCAAGAGUAUUUCAUCCGGGUGGUGGACAAUUUCGUAUGUUGUCCCAGAGGACGAAAUUGAAUUUACCAACUUGUAGCGUAGUAUUUGGUAGCAGUACGGCAGGUGGAGCUUAUGCUCCUAGUUUAAGCGAUUAUGUUAUUAUGGUAAAAAAUCAAGCUCAAGUAUUUCUCGGAGGACCUCCUCUUGUACAAAUGGCAACUGGUGAAAUAGUUGAUGCUGAAAGUUUAGGUGGUGCUGAUAUGCACAGCAGGAAAUCAGGUGUAAGUGAUCAAUUAGCUUUAGAUGAAUAUGAUGCUAUUAAGAAAGCGAGAGAAUUUAUUGGAAGAUUGAAAUGGCAAAAGAAAGGGAAGGUUCCCGCUACUCAUCUUUUCCCUAGGAUCGAAGAACCUUUGUAUGAUGCCGAUGAAUUGCUAGGAUUUGUUUCUGCAAAUAUUAAAGUUCCUUUUGAUGCUAUUGAGGUGAUUGCUCGCAUAGUUGAUGGCUCAAGAUUUACAACUUUUAAACCGCUAUAUGGUCCGAAUAUUAUUACGGGAUGGGCCUACGUUCAUGGGUUUCAAGUGGGCUUGAUUGCGAAUAAUAAUGUUAUAUUUACACAAGAAGCUAAUAAAGCUACACAAUUUAUUAGAUUAUGUAAUAUGAUGAAUGUACCACUUCUUUUUCUUCAAAAUACUACAGGAUUUAUGGUAGGGAAAAAAUAUGAAGAAGAAGGUAUUAUAAAAGCUGGAGUACAUUUUGUUAAUGCUGUAAGUAAUAGUGAAGUACCAGCUAUCACAAUUAUGAUGGGUGCUUCUUAUGGUGCUGGUAAUUAUGCAAUGUGUGGUAGAGCUUACAAUCCGAGGUUUCUAUUUUCGUGGCCAAAUAGUAAAUGUUCCGUUAUGGGACCUGAUCAAUUAACUGGUGUUAUGGAUAUUAUCAUGAGAGAAUCUUCUUCUAGAUCAGGUAAACCAAUUGAUGAAGAAUCAGCGGCAGCAAGAAAAGAAAUUUUUCGGUCAAUGGUAGAAAAUGAGUCUGAUGCUUAUUGGACAAGUUCAAGAUUAUUAGAUGAUGGCAUAAUUGAUCCUAGAAUGACUAGAGUUAUUUUAGGAUUUUGUUUGAGUAUUAUUUAUAAUGAACAAGUCAAAGGUGGUGGUUUAGACGAUGCUAAAAUAUUUUAA